UGAAGCUGCAGACGCAGUCUUGGCCUCCACUCCUGCAGCCCCUGUCUCCAACCCACUCCCGAGCACCUCGGUCUUCCACCCCUGCAACCUCCAACCUUCAAGCUCAGAAUGGACAAACAACUCCUGCUGAGCCUGGCCGCUCUGCUCUGCCUCUUCGGGGCGGCGGCGGCUCUGAAGUGCACAACCUGCAGCAUCGUGGCCACGGAUGGCCGCUGCCAAGUGGGCCAAGGCACCUGCGUGGCUGGGCCGGGAGAGUCCUGCUUGAAAUACAGAGUUUACCAAGGGGACACGCUCCAGGUUGGGGGGAUGAGCUGUGAAAAGAACUGCCAAGCCAAGGAGUCCAUGCAACUUGGAAAGAAAUACAUCUACACCUGCUGCAGCAACAAAGACCACUGCAACCAGUAAGGGCUGAGCCCCCGUGCCCCGCCGGCUUGCCCGGCCAGCUCCCGGCUGGGGGCUCAAAGCUCAGCAUCAGACCCCCAGGCCCCUCCUCUGCCCUCUUCCCGAAGGCCACCUCAUUUCUUUCCUCAAUAAACAUUGCUAGCUGGACACAG